AUGCAAGCUGGCAUGCAACCUCAUUAUGCUCCUCCGUACAAUCCGGACUACGAUCCCUGGCAAGAAGAUUCGGAUGAGUCCGAGUUUCUCUACGGCGAGCCGUCUGAAUUCCAGCGUGUGCAAGCGGCCCUGCAAAACGCAGUUUUGGACAGUGCAGAGGCUUCGGACAUUGCGAAUGCGCUGACACGAACACAGUUGCCAGGACUCGAGAGUAUGAGCGUUCCAGCGCUCGAAGCACACAUCGCUGAUCGUGCCUCAGAGUUGAGAAUGCUCGUUACCCAGCUCGAGAGGCUGAAAAGUGCUGAAAUCACUUUGGACCUGCUUCUACCAUCGGGCCGCUCUUUUGCACACGUGGUGAAGAUGAGGAGCAGGAUCUCAGCAAUCUGCAAGUCAAUCCGGCGCCGUGAGCUGAAAGGCUCGAAAGACGGGGAGGUGAAGCUUGUUUUGGGGACUUUGGAGAUGCAAGGAGACAAGACCGUCUUUGACUACGGCCUGGCAGAUGGAGAUUCCCUGACGGUCGUAUUGCAAGCGGCCUCGGAGCCGUCGCGAUGGUCCCAGCUGUGGCCCCCCGUCCGUUCCGGAAUGCCUUGA